UCCGAUUCCAUCAUUGUCCCGAACCACGCCGACUUGUCCGUUUUUCCUUUCUGCAACCUUAACUUCAAGUCCAGAACCACUCCGGUGCCGAUCCCUUGCUGCGCGACAUCCGUAUCCUUGCUCUGAGAGACAGGGCGCACCCAACCAUCAACGACUUCCAUACCUUGCCUCGAUUCGACCGUUGCCGAAAUACCUACUAGAAACCGUCGUCCGGGGAAAGAUACAGCAAAACAUACAAAGGAAACAGUCAAGAUGGCGCAAGCUGGCAGUGAAAACAAGGAGCCAUGGAACGAGGAGACCAGGGCCAAGUUUGAAGGAAAGAGUAGAAGCGAAUACCUUGAUCCGUGCCAGGAGGCCGCUCAGCGGAGUAUACGGUGUCUGCACCGCAACCAAGGAGACCGAACCAUGUGCUCGGACUACUUUGAGGCGUACAGGGAAUGCAAAAAGCAAUGGAUCGAAAGGAGGCGGGAACAAAAGAGGAAGGCGGGUGCGCUCUUCUGAGCUACCGGACUUUUUAUUUAAUGGAAGGGUAUAAUAUGAGAAACAACGGCUAGAAGGACGAAAAAGAAAUCUGAGCAGGAGGAGGAAGAUCAACGUCGGCAACAUUGCUUUUUGCGUUUGUAUAAAUAGUCUUUGUAAAGCACUUGCAUGGGUAGGCGUUUAGGUUACGGAAGACGCGGAGUACCUGUUUGAUCGUUCAUCAAACGAGGACAGGGAGGGAAUAGAGAAAAAAAUGGGUGAUAUGGCGACCGUAGAAAGGGGGCAAAAGAAAUGGUCAAGUAAAACAUUAAAAACAACUAAGCAAGCCGAAGUGAAGAUGGUCAAGUA